AUGACUGUUACUUCACACAUUGGUGAAAUUUUAAGACAGGGUAUUUGGGCAUCUCUCACUGGCGGCUGGUUUGUAAUUUGGCUUUUAAUUUUUUCAGAAUAGAUUUUAAGGUACUAUGAACCUUCACACUCGAUAUUUUGUAAUACAGUUCAUGUCUACAUUUGGCUCAUCUUGCUGUUAGUGCCGUUGGUGUUGGGAAUAUUCAUGUCAGGUUCUUUAACAUAUCACGUUAUCAUUGGCUACUGCUUCUUCACAGCUCUGUUGUUCAGCUUAAUAAAGGUACAGAGGGAUAAUGAUAAAAGGUAAUGGAUCAACUUGCAGACGGCGGUGUCCUACCUGCACAAAAUGUUCGACACAACCGAUCCGGUCGUUGUCACGCGCACCAUAAACGACUCCAUUGAUGAAACGAUGCGAGACAGUGACUGUUAGUUAUUUUAAAAAAUUGUAUAUCAUUUGAAUUCUCGAAAGAAUAUUUUUCUUUUCAGUGCGGCUGGAACAGGCCCUCGAUUCGGAAAUGAUCGAGCUGCGCGACAUGGGUUUCAACGUACGUGGCAGCACGGAAAGAACUCUUGAAAAUGCGAAUGGUGACCGUGACAGCACUGGAGGGACUUCUCGACGUCCGCAGGUUCUAAAACUCAGAAAAGAGUCUUCAUAGUUUUCUCAUUUAAAUAUUGUUUUCGAAUUGUCAAACUUCUUCAUUUCUUCAAAUAUCUUUGCCUUUUUUCGCUCAAAGUUAUGUAGCGAAGUUAAAAAUUACCGUCAGAUAUUAAUUCUAACACCGUAUUAGUCAUUCUAAAUCACACAGCAAAAAAACCGAUGAAAAAUAAUUAAUUGACUUUUGUGAACUUUUCUGAAGAUGUUCGAUUAAUGCUGGGUUCUUCAUUUUUUAGUUAUGCGAUUUCCUUUCUAGAAAAAAAAAAUGUUUGAAUUUCUUGGAUUUCAAUGAAAGGUUCAUUCAGGGCAACAGUACGUCGCGUAGCUCCGAGGACAAGAAUGAUGGUAUGUUUUAUUUUACGGAUGUUCCGUACUUAAAAACUCCAGAGUGACCCCUAUAGGGGCAAUCUUCGUGGCCCUUGAACGGUCUCUUCUCAGGACCCUUUUUCCUCUCCCUAUAGGGUCCACUAAAGCUUGCGAAAGCGGUCCCUAUAGGGAACAGUUUUAAUAAACUCCAUGCGAAAAACUAAAAAAAUAUCCUCUUUCGAAUAAAAUUUAACGACCCCUGUAGGGACCACUUAAGAUAUAGGGGUUAUGGGGUCAGAACCUAAACCCCUAUAGGGAUUGUUUUUCCCUAACCCCUGUAGGGACCACUCUAAAACUCUCAAGCUUAAUCUUUUUUUAGCUCAGAGCGCUGUGUCUUUGCGCCACGUACAAAUUGAAAACGAAAAGGAGGAUGUAAUAACUUUCCGUUUUUACCAAAACCAUCCCAAAAUUACUUUAGAAUAGCGCUGAAUGGGCAGUAGAAGAGGAAGAUGAAGAUUUGGAAGCAGGAGAAGCGAAAAGCGACAAAGAAAAAGAGGACCGGCCGGAUGAUCCAACCAUUCCUUUUGCAAACUCGUUAGUGACUUACCAGAAUCAGUCCCAUCAAUUGGGUUCCUUCCAGAAAACUUCGCGGCACUUCAGGUCGUGGCCGUAGGAAAUAUUCCGAGCCGACGCUGUUCUGGAAAGAUGAGACCGAAGGUAAAAUAUCAUCUCUUUCUCUCAAUAAUUCGAUCCAAUGAAGAACUGCUCCCCGAUAAUCAUGAAAGGUUGCUCCGGACGAGCUAUUCAUCCGGCGCCGUCGCAGAUUCUCUGCAAUACGAGAGAAUGGCUGAUGUGAGAGAACUAGAGAUCGAAGAACGCGCCAAAAUUGUAACUAUUUCCCUCGUUUCUCUUCAACUUGCUCCCCUUCCAGACUCUUGCCUAUAUACAGAGGGAAAGCCAGAAUAUGGUGAAGGAGAGCGAAAUGCUGAUAGAUCGGGUUGUGGAAACGGGACAGGAAAAGAAACCCAGCGAAACCAAAACCAAGAAGAAGAAGAAGAAAGGGGAGAGCCGCGACGAAUCAGAAAAAAGAGAGGUUUGAUUUUCACUAGGCAAAGUCGGAAGGGUGGAAGGUCCCAUAGAAAUGUUCCUUUUAGGAUGAUAAUGGUAUCCUUUUUGCGCCAUUUCAUCAGCUUUUAUGGUUCAUUUUUGUUGCCUCUCCCUUUUCCACCAUUUCUUGAGCCUUUAAAAUCUUGAGUCGAAAGUGCGGAAAACGGAUGCAAAAAAGAAAUGACUGCAAAAUGAUCGCUAAAAGAGUUCCGUUUUGCGGCCUUUAUUGAACCUUUCUUUUUUGGUGUGCGAAAAAGCCUCAAGAAAAGGGUGAAAAAGGGACCCAAAAAGGGUGACACAAGAGUGAGAGUACGAAAAAGAUGUUUAAAGUCUCGGCCAUUGAUGAUUUCUGAUUUUAAUGGAAGAACUUUUGUUUCAGGAUGAACCAUCAACAAGUCAAACCACCGACGAUCAGAAAAAUGAGCAGAAGGAAGAUUCUCCAAGUAGAAGGCGUGGAAGAACUGCGCGGCGGAAAUCUUCUGCCGGCGGCUCGAACGCUUCCAAGACGAAAAGAGCUCCGUCGCCGGCUGUUCGGGAAGGAACCCUCGUCAAGCGGGUCAGUGACUCGAAUCUCAUGUUCUUAGCAGAGUAAAAGACUUUUCAGGAUGACCAAUGAGUCACAGAAUUUUUAGACUGAAAGUUUAAAUUCAAUAUUUUCAAGGAAAAAAUUUGCUCAUAAACGAAUAAAACUGAGCUUUUGCGAUGAUUGAAGGUUCUCUCAAGUAGGAAACAAAUUUGAUUGAGAUUCAGGUAGAAUAACUUUUUCCAGCUUCGUUAAUUUGGUUUUGAAAUACCUUGGCUAAUUUUUUGGACACAUAAUUUCAUUCGAAUGCUUGAUUUAAUAUAUGCUUUCUUGCUUCCUCUGAUUCUUCAGAAUUGAAAAACUUAAAAGAAGUAAAAUUUGGUGUUAUGAAGAAAAUAAACAGCGAAUUUUAAACGGCGACUUUUUCCGAUUUUUUCAUAUCGCUAGGAAACUUUCCGACUGUGAAGUUUUCGACUAAUCUUUUUCCAACUUUUUUUCUCGGUCUUCGUUUUGAAUCUUCCUAUAUAAAGUAGUAAUUGGUUCAUGCUUAAAACACAAAGAAAAAAAGGAAAAAAAGUGUUAAUAGAUCUUUUAUAAACCGAAAAAUAUGAGGGAGAAAAGUUGGAAAAUUUCAUAGCGAUAUGAAAAAGUCGCCGUUCAAAAGUAAGUUCGCUGGUUUUUUUUAAAAUUGUUUCAUACCACUAUUCAAGGUGAAAUCUUUUGAAGCUAUCGAAACCUAAAGACGAAAGUUAUUUCGAUCGUCCACUUUUCCAUUUUUCAUGUUCCUGACCAAGAGUUCCGUUCAGUUUGAAGAGAGAUUUUCGAAAUUUCUCAGAACACGGCAUUCCUAAUGGGGUGAGGGAAGGUGAGCGAGGCGUCAAAGUUCUGAAUUUACAAAAAAAAAUUAAGUGCGCGCUCCGUAUAAAAGGACUGUGACGUCACAGCUACCUAUAGUUGCAAAUUAUACUGAGUAUUCAACGGCAUGAAGAAUACAUUUGGCUGCGUACUUUAGAUUACAAAUUUUGCGCCAAAAUUUUUUUGACGUCUCCCCACCCCGUUUGGGAACGCCGCGAGAAGGAAGCCUAGAAUCUCCCAGAAGUAGGGAACAAUCUAUUUUGUUCCAGCCAUCUCAAGACUCUACUGUCAGUGCUGGCGUCAGCACAACGGCCACUGGCUGGGCUCCCGUCGUUGUUUCUCUUGGAGACAUCGACCGGCCAACGACUUCGCGGAUCUCCGUCGAUGAAGGUUUCCAAGUCCCUCUGGUCAAGUUUAUAUCUUUUUCGCAGUUGAGGAAAGCGGCUCGGACAUCAAAGUGGAGAUAACGAAGUUCCUCGAAGACCUGAUAGACAAACACCCGGAGACGUUGGACGCGAUAGAGAGCGUCAGGAUGAGUCGUCUGGGUCUCGGCCGACCCGCGGGAGCCGCCUCCGCAAUCGGCUCCUCUCCCAGCAACGCCAACACGACGGUUCCAGCGACCGUCGUCGACCGCAUCCCUCAGUUGCUUCCUUUCGUACCCAACGUGCUCAGGAACAUCGCUUCGUCAGUUCUAUCAUCCCCAGAAGUCGUUUACAACUCGUUUCAGACGCCGCUCCAGCGCUUUCAUGGACUGGCACGCGCACCACGCCACGUCUUCUACGCCUGCACAUCAUAUCGCUUCUGGUCACGAGGACACCACCCAGGGCGCCGUUCAUUCGUUCCAAGACGAAGAAGGCAAUUGGUGGACCUACACUUUUGAUGAAAAUGGUCCGUUCAGGCUUUUGAAGCAUCAUUUCCAGUACAGAUUUAUGCAGUAAAAUCUGAAAUUUUUGGUAUGUUUUUAGGAAUUCUAGAGUGGUCCCUAUAGGGGUUAGGGGAAAAAUGACCCCUAUAGGGGUAAAAUCGAGGUGUUCCCUAUAAGGGUUUAGGGUCUGACCCCUUUGCCCCUAAUGCUUAAGUGGUCCCUAUAGGGGUCUUUCGACUUGAUUCAAAAAAAUCUUUUUCAUUCAAUUUUACACAUGGUAUUGCUUCUUCGCAUAUAGUUCAUGAAAAUAUCGGUUAGCAUAUCCCCUAUAGGAACCACUUUUUCAAUCUUUAGUAGCCCCAUAGGGGUUGGAGAAGUGGUUCCUAGAGGAGACCCUUCAAGGUUCCGUAACGUUGCCACUUUAGGACCACUGAAAAAGAUUUUUUGGAGUUUCUGAGUAGGGAUAACUUUCUCAAAAAAAAAAAUGAUUCACUCAAAAACUUCAGGAGUUGGUACUGCACAACCUCUCGGAAGUGGUCGAGCGCUAAUGGAUUUGCUCCAUCGUGAAAGGGAGAGAACGAGUUCUCAGGACACGCCUGCCCCGAUCAAAGCGAAGCCCUGGUCGGAAUUGGAGGUUAGACGAGAAGCGAGUUUGUUCUCCGAAGAGGAAUAUUCAGGUUCUACCGGAGAACAUGUACGACAGUACCGACGAAGAGAAAGAAGAAAAAGAGGCUGGCCGCGCGACUCAGAGCACGACAAAGACACCGGCUCCCAGUGCUAGGUUUUUGAAGAAGCAUUCACUUUCUGUUUUUUUUUUCCAAUGAUAGUUUAUUCACAGCCAUUUUGACAGAAAAUAUUAAAAAUCAGUUAUCAAGUAAAGGAUCAUAGGAUCUCCAGAGUGGUCCCUAGAGGGGCAACUUAAGGGGCCCUUGUACGGUCCCCUCUUAGGAGAGCUUCACCAGCACUUAUAGGGGCCACUAAAGGGGACACUCUAGGGUUCACUUUACCAACCACUAUAGGAGUCUUGCGAAACUGGUCCCUAUAGGGGACAUGCUAGUCGAUAUAUCUUUAGGGUCCACUUGAGGGUGAGGGGCUAUGAGGUCAGACCAUAAACCCCUAUAGGGACUACCUUGAUUUUACCUCUUUAUGAACCACUUUUUCGGCCCGUAUAGAGGCUAAUUUUGCUCCUAACCCCUAUAGAGACCACUCUGAAAUUUCUAAGAUGUUCUUUUCCAGACGGGAACGGGCGAUGUCGUCUUCCUCAAACGAAAGUUGCACCUACAUUCCUACUCUCCCUUCAAGCGUCUUUCAUGCUCCAUCUGGCGCCGGAGCUUCUCGCGGAAGGUUCAAUCAAGAAUAAUGACAGUCGGAUCACUUUUUGGAUACAGAACUCAAAUGGUCUCGUUUUCAUCUCGCGUCCGCAACAACAACACGAGGAGCGGCAGUGAGGCAGUCGACGACCGCAACUGCGUAGUUCCGGCAGCGCCGGUGAUGCGCAACGAUUCUCCCACUCCUUGGCAGGUUCGUGAAAAAAUCUCGAUCUCUCAACUUCGGAGGUUUUCAGACGGUUUUCAUGCCCCGCGUCCAUGGCGAGCUCGGCCUGCCUCCCUACAUAUCUUCCUCUCAAGCACGUCUUCAGAAUCCUUCCAGAUGAUCGAUGACGUUUCAGGAUCGCGCCUUGCAUCACCUCGACAGCAGCAACUCGUUCAAUCCGGCGCGCUUCCGUUUCUUCCCUGAAAUGGCGCUUACCCAUGUUCCGCCGGCCUCUGCCGCCACCCCUGGUAGCUCCAAAUCAAUAACUAAUUUCCUAUCUGUUUUCCUUCGCAAGACUUCCAAAAUCGAAGGUCGUCCAACGUCCGAAGAAGCUAUUACUAUCAAAUGAAAGUUUUUCCCGAAGGCGCAGAAAAACUUGAACCUCAAGGUUUGUUCAAUAGUUGAUUCUUUUUCUUCUUACGCCUUUGUACCGCUUGAGCGGCGUCGGCGCCUCAAGUCGAUUAGCCGAGGUCCUAUCCUGAUAUCAGUGGACUGGGUCCAGUGACAUAUCCGUCCUUGUGUGUGACGGCUGGGGAUUAUGAAGCCGUGGUUUCCCACUACCAACAUUUCUUAAACCCCUUGGUUGGGCCGGGACGGGGAUCGAACUUGUGACCCUGUGGACCGUAGACAGGCACACAACCUGUUGCGCUACGGCGCGCCCCUGAAGAAAAAAGAAUAAGAUUUGCAGCUGGACCGCCCUUCGAUCGACCGAUUGUUCGACCGUAAUAGAUGUAUGGUCUCUUUUUUCGUCGACAUCAUCCUCGCAUCUCUUGUCUCCGCACUCGCCGCGCUCGUCCUCAACACCGACAUCUUCUUCGACCACGAUCUUGUCAUUUUUGCCCUCGUCGUCGCUGGAUCGCAGGUAGACACUCCGAAAUGAGCAUCUUAUGAGAAAUAAAUUUGCAGUAUUCGCUGCUGAAAAGCGUUCAGCCGGACGCCUCUUCGCCCAUCCACGGCUUCAACUGGAUGGUGGCCUACAGCCGUCCCGUCUACUUCUGCGUAACGACCACCGUACUCCUUGCCCUGCACCACUUUUCCGGCCCGAACCCCAAUGAUCAAGUUCCGUGGAACUGGAAUCCUUAUAGGUUUUACUCAUUCCCCCGUCUUUGGAUGAAGCUCACUUUCCAGGCUCUAUUUGGCCCCCUGGCCGGCAAUCAUGGUCGCCGCACGAGAUAUCGUCGCUUCAGUUCUAUUGUUCCUACCUGUCGCCUUCACCCUUGGAUGGCUCCCUCAGGUCUCUCCGAAUCAUAUUUGAAGGGAAACGUGGAGUUCAGGUGAACACCCUGACGCAUCACAUCCUCGAGCAGGUCGAGAUGCACGUCUUCGGAGGGACUGCCUCGUUCGGAGUCUUCUCCGCGUUCAUUCAGUUGAUGAAGAGCAUUUUCGCCUAUUUGCUUCUCACCGCGAUGUAUGUUUUUUGUUUCUUAGGAUCAAUAUUCGACCUUUUUUAUGAUUUAUUUGUUCAUUGUGGUUAUCUUUUUAAGAAAUAUAGAAAUUUCAUUCUUUUUUAAAUUUCCAAAGCGCUAUCUUCGAAAAUUGUACGGUUUCAAUCAGAAAAGAACUAGCUAUAGUCUGUGUGCCACGAUUCGAAAUUUCACCGAACGACAUUCCGCUGUUCCGCUGCGCGCGUUCGCGAAGCGUCUUUCGAAUCUAGGAUAGCUUUCAAUUGAUUGUUAUUGCUGUGGAAGCACAUGAAAGCAGAGUACCUUAAUAAAAGAAAAAAAAUUGCAAAGGCGCGCAGCGGCACAGCGGAAUGUCGUUCCGUGAAAUUUCAAGUCGUGGUAUACAGGCUAUAUCUUGGCCAGGCUUUAAAAGUGUCAAACGUUGGUUCAACGAAAACAUUUUGCAGCUCUCGAUAUGCUUAUUUCGUGUCACCAAAUUCGACUCAAUCUCCAGCUUUCUCUGUUUUCGUCGCGACCACUGUUUCGGUUUCCUAUCUGCUCAGCAGGUGCUUUCCGAAGCCUUCCAUCCUUUUUCAAAGCAAACCUGACUCUGCAGAGUGUCCUCCAACCAGCAACUCACACUGAUUUUCUUCGAAAACCUCUUCUCGGUCUGCGACCGCGGAAGGUCGUCCGCCGGCUGGAUCGGCGUCUCCCAGCGAACUUCCGACGAAGUCCCGCAGGCCCAGGCGAAGGCCGCUGCUACCGACGAGCCCACCAUGAGCAGCGAUGCAGGUUCUCUCUCUCUCUCUCUCUCGUUUCUAUUUUGUCUCUCUUUGUUCUGGAAUGUUCCAUAUCCAUACCAGGGAUGCACAAGACGAGAUCACUUUUUAAAAAAUCUUGAGUCGUACCGAAAAAAAUGGCACUUUUCCUUGUCAAAAAGCACUUGAAAAAUAAGUAAAAAAAGCAAAAAAAUUAUAGGGGAAUCUUAAAUUUUAUUAAAAACUUAAAUGAAAAAUUUAGAUCGAAAAAUUGGGCUCCUUAAUGUCAAUAUUCUAAGAUGUGAAACAUUUUCAAAAAAAUCAAGGCAGAAAAAUUUUUUUAGAAAUUGUCAUCAUUAAUUCUUGUUUUUUACGAGAAAUUCCUAAGAGGUACUAAAAAAUAUACCUUCACUGUCGGCUGAGGUUAAUGGAAAGGAAAUGAUUAAAAAAAAAAUAAUAUAAUUGAAUUUUCUUUUUUUUUCGAGAAAAAAAAGGUCUCAAAAGAUUCUCAGAAUCUCCUUUUCCCGCCUUAUUUUUUACACCUCUCUAAAAUGUCCUUUUGAGAAAAGGUCUAGGAAUAAAGGCGUCCUUCCUCCAAAAGUCCUUUUUGAGACUUUUUGGGCUUUGCUCGUGACUUUCAGCAUCUCAAGACGAGAUGGUCACUUUUUGAAUGAGACAAGAUCGCAUAUCAUGCAACCCUGACCUAUACAGUUUGUGUUUAGGUGUGACGAUAGUAGACAAUUUGCCGGCGACUCUCCGAAAAACGGUGUCCCUAAGAGCGCGUCACGACUUUCUCUUCGUCAUUUUCCUAUCACUUGUCACGUUCGCCUUGCACUCCAGCUCCAUCUUCACCGCCACACAGCCCUACUUCACCGUACCUCUUCCAUUCGUUUCAAUAUGAAUCCUUGUUUUUUCAGAAAACAAUCAUUUCAAUCUGUGUAGCUUUCGGCAUUUUGAACCAUUACCUGUACCCGCAGUUCCGAGCACACACUCCUUGGAAAAUAGUGCGGCAGUUUUUUCAUUCCUCCCAAUUGUCAUGUUUCGUCUUGAGGUUUCGCGGCCCAUCCUCAGAUCAGCAGAGUACAACCAGUUCGAGUGUCCCGAUGCGGCUAAACUCAUGAUCUUCGAAGUGAUCCACGCCUGGAUGGGCGCCAUCGAACGAAAUAUAGUCUUUCUCUUGUUAAAAAUAGAGUUAGAAUAAGAUCUUCAGGUUUAUCCUCUGAUGGUGGCUUCUAUAAUGACGGAAAGUGGCGGAAAGAUACCCUACGCUUGGAUCGUUGUCCCCCUGAUUUCCAUGCGGAUCCUGCGCGGCGGAUACACGCAACCUCAGGUUUCUAAAAUGAAACAAAACGUGAAAAAUAUUUUUUUGUUCACAGAUGAUCUACGUCCCCUUGGCAUUCUCCACAAUCGCUUCUCUUUUCGAUUGGCAUUUUGGUCUUCCUUUCCACUUGUUCACAGACGUUCGUUUAUUAUUCAGCUUCCGAAUUACUUUAGUAUUUUGUAAAUGGUAUCAUGCUUUGAUUGGUUUUUAUGACAAAAAUGUUCUCAUUUUUAAUUUUUGUGAACGUUUAAAAGUACGAUAGAAUCAUUUAUAGCCGAUCAUACAUGGGCUAUAGUCUGUUCAGAUUUUGAAUGUCAAGUCCUCGCUCAAGCUCCGCCCCUAAUGGCGCGAUAAACCAAUCAGAGAGCGAGCCAUCCACAGAGCGUUUUCGAAUGAUGUUAUUCUACUUGAAAUUCAAAAACUGAACGGACUAUAACAGGGUAUUUAUCACUUUAGUACCCUCUCGAUCAUUCAGGUGGCUUUUUGAGCAGAUGAAAAUGUAUCCAUACUAUUAUUAAGGUUUUUCGAUCAUGUUUAGUGGUCCCUUAUCCUCGUACCGAGAGGUCGAUAAAUCCGCGGGAAAUCGUAGAAAUCGCUUCAUAAAUAACACCAAAAUUAAGGAAUCAAUCUGAAUUCUAUUCAAAAUGCUUCCUUUGGAUAGAUUACAUGUUCUUACCAAAACUUUAGGCCGUUCGAAAAAUUUAAAAAAAAAGUCGAUUUCUGAGCCCCAAGACGAUAAUUUUUGAAAUUUCGCCGUUUUUGAGCUAUAGCUGAUUCAAGACUAGCUUGGGAUGCUAAGGGACGUGGCCUGUCUGCGCUCUCCAUCAACCAGGCACUCUCUCUUUUCCUAUCGUGACAGGACUCUUUUUCCAACUCAAACCAGCCGUGAAUUAACUAUAUGGAGAACUCAAAGUAGUCCGAUUGUUGGAAUUGUAGAUUUUUUUUUCGUUCACCGCGCAACUUUUUCAGAUCCCAAGCUGGAACCUCAUGCCUCCACUGGCUUUCCUUCUGAUCCUGGUCUAUCCCAAAUUCGUCGAGUUUUACCUGAAGAUCAACUUCGUGAUGGCCUACGUCGCUCCGUGGCAGAUCAGCUGGGGCUCGGCCUUCCACGCGUUCGCUCAGCCUUUCUCGCUGCCUCAUUCCGCGCUCAUCGGCAUCCAAACUGUCGCUUCGAGUAUCUUCAGCGCUCCUCUGAAUCCUUUUCUUGGUAUAGUGCUCGCAAACGUCGUCAUUUCAAAAACGAGUAUCAGGAUCCUCGUUUUUCACAACUUCCUACGUCAGGCCUGUCAAGUUCUGGGAGCGGGAUUACAAUACCAAACGCGCCGACGCGUCCAAUAUGAGACUUUGUAAGGCGAUCGUAUUAAUAACAUAAGAAUUGCGUAAUUAAAAAAACACAGGGAACUUCUUUUUUAGGAAUAGUAGAUUUAUCUAAUCACUAUUGAACGUUUUUACCCUCCCCUCUUUUUUUGAAUUUUUGAUGAAACUUGUAAAAAAAAAAAAGGGUAAAAACGUACCCUAGCAAGAAUCCUAUAAGCAGUUCAAAAAAAACCAAAAUUUUUUCUUUUUUCUCAGCUUCCCAAUUGGAUCGUGGUCCGAUGUUGGACGAUAGCAAUCUGAACGCCGUUUUCUACGAACACCUCACGCGGUAAUGAUCAUCCACCUCCUGAUUAUCACCAAUUUUUCUCCAAUCCCAGAAGUCUCCAGAAAAGUCUGGCCGGAGAUAUUGCGAUGGGAAGAUGGGCGACGAGUGUUCAACCUGGCGACUGUUUCAUCCUUGCGAGGUAUUAUUUUCAAGGUUUUCUUGGAGGUAAGCUUCCGUUAUUUCAGUUUUUACCUGAAUUGUCUUGUCCACAUCAUCGAGGUCGGCAAUGGAUUCAUCACCUUCCAACUUCGAGGCCUCGAAUUCCGCGGAACUUAUUGUCAUCAACGAGAGGUUUUUCAUUUGUUUGGUUAUUAGAGAAAGAUUUUCAAUAUUAAAACUCACUUUUGAAGAAAAAUUUAUAAGAUUCGCAAGCGCAUAGUCUUCUCAGGUUUUCAAUGUCAAGUGCAAUGGCGUCAUUCAAAAACACUCUGUGGAUGGCUCGCUCUCUUAAUUAUUUAUCGCACCAUUAGGGGGCGGAGCUUGAGCGACGAAUUGACAUUCAAAAUUUGAACAGACUAUAUAUGAAGCUUCUUUUCCAACUUAGAAGGAUAAACUUAUUUUUAAUUUCUGAACUUUUUUUUUUAGAUUGCUAGAGAACAUAAACAUCGCGAAAAAUUUAUAAAAUUUUCUGAACGCUUGGAAUUAAUCUGUUUAUUAUUUCUGUCUUUAUUUAUAUAGCUGACUCACGGCUGACUUGAGCCAUCAAAAAAAGGGUACUGGCACGAAAAAGAAAUUAGACAGUGCCUGGUUGGUGGAGUGCGCAGACCAGCCACGCCUCCGAAGCUAUAGUCCGUCCAGCGCAGAUUUUGAGUGUCUGCGUCUUUCUGUUCCGUCACCGGUGAAGGUCAGAGAACAGCGAAAAUAGCUCGUCAACAAGAGAGAGGCGUCGAGAGACGAGGAGGGCGCAGAGAAGUCCUGUCCUUUCAAAUCGUGAAGAACGGAGUAUAUGAAAGAAAAACCUUUCAUUUACCUAAAUAAGUGUCAUGAAGGACCUUACAGGUUGAAGCGAUCUCCGAGGACCAAUCCGACGGAUCCGGUUGUUGCUGCUGUUCUCCGGGCUCAUUGCCAGGCUUCCUGUCCCUCAACACUGCUUGGGGCCUUCGAUGGCUUGCCUGGGAGGUUCCGCCCGCUUUCAAAAAAAAAAAACACUUCUUCAUUUCAGGUUGUGUCCGGAAAGUAUAUCAUUGACGGCUACAGCAUAUCCGACAACUCGGCCGUCAAUUUACUGCAGGUGAACAUCAAUCGAUGUACUGGAAUGGAGUUCUUGAUUUGAAGGUCCACGAACUCCGACGGCUUCUCGUCACUCUUUACGUCAAGUGCAUCAUCUACUACACCCUCAAGUCUUCUCGCUUGGCCCAAUGGAUCGAGAAUGAAUCUGUCGUGAGUGAUUCCGUGUUGGUUGCCUUGAUAACGGAGAAACUGGCAGUCGGCGGCGAUGGACCCGGUUCGCGAAUCGGCUCGUUUCACCGACCUCGACUCAAUUUUCUGCUCUACCAACGACGAAGACUUUGAUCAGAGCGAGGGGGUUUUUUCUCCAUUUUUGUUUUGAAUUCAACCCGAUUGAUUUCAGGGCAUCUCCAGAACAAGCUUCUCGGAUCUCUACACUCCUUGGAUCAACCACUGCGUGAUCAAACGUUCUGAAACGUUCGUCGACGAGAGCAUGUAAGUGUGCCUUUUGAACUAAUUCCGACUGAGUCGAUCAAAUCAGAGGCGCCCUCGACGUGCUCUCUCUGUGCUAUCUGCUGUCGCUGGUCGGUCGUCGGGCCCUUGGAACGGCUUCUUAUAAUCGCCACUCUAACGCCGCUGAAUCUUUCCUUUACGGCCUUCAUGCUCUCUUCAAGGGCGACUUCAGGUAAUCCAAUCAGUGCCUUUUACAAAUGUUAGGCUUAUCCGUUCAAAAUAAUCAAUCCUCAUUGAAAAUACAGUAGCGAAAAUGGUUGAGUACAUUUCUCGUCUCUGUCAAAGCGUGUAGUUGAUCAAGUUGAAAGCAUGGUCUUACGGUCCUUCGCCACAUUUUUCUAUCCAGGGAAUGUUCUCAGCUCACUGGGGGACUUCUGACGGAGAUUAGGCUCACUAGAUGUAGUUUUUCACGCUGAUUUCGAAUUUAUGCCCAGGCCUGUGAAAAAAGUUAGGGGCUCUCAGAGUCGAAAAGUUAGAUGUCUCAUACCUUGAGACUUGAGACUUUGAGAGCGCACUAACUUUUUACACAGGCCUCGAGGAGGAUUUUCGAGCACAUACUCGGAAUCAGCGUAAAAAACUACAUCUAGUGACCCUAGUCUCCUUCAGAAGUCCCACUGUGAGCUGAGAAAAUUCCCUGGUAAGCGUAGUUUCUUCAGUUGAACCUCUAGCUCAGAAUGUAACCGGUGUUGUGCUGGAGCCCGGAGACCGUGCUCGAAGUGUUCUUCGAUUUGCUUUUUCGAAAUUAUAGGUCAAAAAAAUCGUGUUUAACAAGGUUAUAGUCUGUGUGCCACGGCUUGAAAUUUCACGGAACGACAUUCCGCUGUUCCGCUGCGUGCGUUCGCGAAGCGUCUUUCGAAUCUAGGUCACACUUUCAAUUGAUUGUUAUUGCUGUGGGAGCACAUGAAAGUAGAGUACCUUGAAAAAAGAAAAAAAAAUAAAAAGCGCAACCAAGGUUCGCAACAGCGCGCAGCUGCACAGUGGAAUGUCGUUCCGUGAAAUUUCAAGUCGUGGCACACACACUAUAUAAACAAAAAACCAAAGAAAAAAAAACCGACCUAUUUUCGCUACUGCAUGUUUCACCUUUCAAGUACUGACAUAUUUCCAUUGAGAAAUACUUCAGAAUAACUUGCCAACGAGACGAAUGGGUAUUCGCCGACAUGGACCUCCUGAGAUGUGUUGUGGCUCCGGCUGUGAAGAUGGCUCUCAAGCUGCACCAGGAUCACUUUGCUCACUUCGAAGAGUUUGACGACUCGGAAUCGCUGUACGAUUUGAUCGCCGACCAUCAGACCAAGAUGUUCAUCUCUCACGAGGUGAGAUCCACAAACCUGCUCCCACUUUUCCGUCUCAGCAAGACCCCGGCUGGCGUCGGGCCAUCCUGGCCAACACGCCGUCGCUUCUGGCUCUGCGUCACAUGUACGACGACGGACAGGACGACUACAAGAUCAUUAUGCUCAAUCGUAUGCAUUUGAACAUGCGGUAAUCGUCGAGCCGCAUCUUCCCUCUCAAAUAUCAACAUUCAGUGUGAUAAAGCUGAACCGCGAAUGUGUUCGCGCAUUUUGGGCAGGACAGCAACAGGAACUCAUCUUUCUGCGCAACCGAAACCCCGAAAGAGGAAGUAUCCAAAACGCUCGGCAGGUCUUGAGGUUGUCUUUUGAAGAAUUCUCCCGGAGAGCUUUCUUUUCAGAAACAUGAUAAAUAGCUCGGCCGACCAGCCCGUCGGAUAUCCAAUUUAUGUGUCGCCUUUGACGACCUCCCUCAUCGAAACCCAUUCUCAGAUUGAGAACAUUUUCGGCCCGACGACUACUAUUGAGGUGUGUUUUAAUGAGCUUUCAUAACGCUAAUACUGGCGCGUUGGGGAGAAGAUUUUCCUCAUAUUUAUAACAAAAUUCCAUUCAUCCGUGUUCUCUUUCAUUUCGUGGUCAUUCUUCGUUCCUUUUCUCUUGAAAAGGAAUGUGGGGCCUACUCUCCGAAAAGUGCGGCCUAUUCCCCGAAAAGUGAGGCCUACCCCCCGAAAAGUGCGGCCUAUUCCCCGAAAAGUGAGGCCUACCCGCCGAAAACUGCGGCCUGGGCGUUAAAAGAAAAUUUGUUUUCGCCAAUAUGUAGUGUGUUUUAACUCAAUUUGUUCUGACCAAUAUAUAGUGUGUUAAUUUGAAAAACAAAAAAAAAAUCAAAAACGGAGAGUUUUGUUUUAUAGAAUUGGCUUGAAUGAGAAAUUGUUUUCUGUAGAUUUUUCAGAAAAAAAACCUCUUCAUGUUUUUGAAAACUUUUCAGAGCAUUGCACAAUGUGGCAGGCGGAUUUGGAACAGUCUACGUUCUCAUUUUGGCCCUUCUGGAAGCAAUUCGGCGAACCAGGCCUGUGGACCUGCUGCCAUGCCGCCGAACAACCCUCCGAUAACUGUCCACAACCUCCCAGCGCCCACUUCUGACUCUAACAGAUGGUCUUUCUCGAGUUCGCCGGUCUUUUCCGACGAAGACCGAGAAGUCGCAGCGAUCACCCAAUCACAGAAAGUGCCAGACACGCCAUCGUCGGUCCACGUAGUUACCAUGACCUUCAUCCGCUGUUAAGGGGUUCCCUUUUGUAGAAUUCGAUCGUCGAGAUGACCAGGGAAGGCGCACGCGUCUCGGUCCUGCCUCGCCCUGAAGGACCUGAGUCGUCGGCCAGUUCGGCGCCCAAGCAGACGACGGCGCUGGCGUUGGCCAGAGAGAUGCAGCGCGAGAAAGACUUUUGCAUCGGCGCCUGGGUCCAGAUUAUGGACUGCGAACAGGUUCGUCGUCUCCCCUCUCCAGUACUGCUACAUUUCCACUGUUGGUUUCAGAUCUUCAAAUACUUGAAUGAACCACUCAAGUCAACUGGUGAACCUUUGGUCGUGUGGCCGGAUGAGCGAUUGCGCGUGGUUAGUCUUUAUUACUCAAAAAGGAACUUUCAUUGUCUUCAUAUUAGCUUUUCGUGUCCCAAAGGUUUCAUGUCACAAAACUCAGAUGUCUGGAAGAAGCUCGUGGAUCUACCAACCGGUGGGUGGCAUGUGCGGCCGGAUAGUCUUCACCUGGAGCCCCAACCAUCCCAACCGAUCGCAUCGGAGUCACGUCGGCGACUACAUUCACCUUGUCGCCGUCCCCGCCAUGACCAACGGCUUCGUGGCGGUCGGCGAGAAGGGCUGCCGUGUGCUCACCCAGACCGAGAGCGCCAUGCAAGCUGUCGUUUCGAGCACGGCCGUCUCCGUGAGUUGUGCCGCGCGCUCGCGUCUCAGCCCUGAACUGACAGUUCCAGGAACACGUCGAGUUCAUGAAUCGCGUCAAUGACGUCUUCGUCUUAACCGGAAUCAUCCCAAGCUCCGAUCCUCCCCCGCCUCCGAAACAAUUUUUGAUCAAUCCAAUUUCGUCGGCCAAGGAAACAGCUCCUCCACCUCCGCCAACCAAUCCCAAAGACAGUAAAAAAGCGGCUACCGAGGAAGCAGAGGAGAAAAAAGAGGAGACAGAGGCAGCUCCCCCAGAAGAUCCUCUUUCUCAACCUUGA